CCCGACGGCCUACUCUUACUCUCGUGCGGACUCUCAGUUUCCUGAUCGCGCUCUCGGACCUGAUCUUCCGUCAGUCGAUCUUCAGUGAGGCAACGGGAGUGCGCGAAACGGACUUUCGCUAUCAUACCCGAUACCACGUGGUCGUGUUCUCUUUGUCAAGUGUUUCGCGAUCGAGAUCCGAGGAUAUUACUGUUUAAACAAGAAAGUUUUCUUUGACAAGUGGUGGAAAAAAAAAAAAACUAUUUGGACAUCUUGGAAAUCUUUUUCUCAUGAUGUUUGCUACUGUCAGAUGAUUUUGCGGAAUAAUCGUGUUUAAACAGGAUACUUGAAAAGUAGACAGAUACUCACACAGAAAUUAAAUUGCUUUCAAGAUAUAUUACUUGUAAGUGUGUGCUUCUCAGAAAAAGCAAAAUUGAAAAAGUGUUGUAAACAACAAUUGUCGAUAAAACUCGAAAAAACAGCACAGCGAUAAAAAAGUUUCCGCGUAAAACAAAAUAAAAAAAAAUGCUGUGAAGCAGUGAGACAGCGGGAAAACCGGAAUCAGAUCACAGAUUGUGUUCAAAAACGAAAAAAACUACAUCUGAUCUUUACAGAACACCUCGUGAGAACGUUUCUUCGAAAGAGACAAAUGGCACGGGAAUAACUUCGAAGAAAAAAAUAAUUCGAAACGCGAAGAGGAACACCUGGGGCACACUAAUCGCUUUACAUCCAUCGGUCUCGCGGUGAUUAGUCUCAUUUGUUUCUCAUCAGAAGAUUCUUCGCUCUUGAAGUAAUAGCACACGGGACAUCGUCAUCAUCAUCAUCAUCAUCAUCAGAAUUUUGCAGAGAUGGAAAACACGAACAUACCGAGCAACUUGAUGGAAUUGAAAACGCGAAGACAGCAAUUUCAGGCGCAAGCGUCGACCUUGGACACGAGGAAGAGACAGGCCGUUUGCGUGAGAAGAGCCUUCAAGAAAUAUGGAUCAAAGAACAGUCCCAAUAUCGUUUUAGACGGGCUUAACAUGACCGUUCCGAAGGGUUCAAUUUACGGUUUGCUUGGUGCGAGCGGUUGCGGAAAAACGACUUUGCUCUCGUGCAUCGUCGGACGAAGACGCUUGAAUUCCGGUGAGAUUUGGGUGUUGGGUGGUCGACCGGGUUCCAAAGGAUCUGGCGUGCCCGGUCCACGGGUCGGCUACAUGCCGCAAGAGAUCGCUCUUUACGGCGAAUUUUCCAUUCGAGAAACAUUUAUCUUCUUUGGAUGGUGCGCCGGUAUGACGACGGAACAAGUGGAGGAUAAACUGGAGUUUCUGAUAAAGUUUUUGCAAUUGCCAUCCGAAAAUCGCUUCGUGAAGAAUUUGUCGGGCGGUCAACAGAGAAGAGUGUCUCUCGCGGCAACGCUCUUGGCCGAUCCUGAGCUGUUGAUCCUCGACGAACCGACAGUUGGGGUAGAUCCUCUUCUCCGACAGAACAUCUGGGAUCACUUGGUGCACAUUACGAAGGACGGCAACAAAACCAUCAUCAUCACCACGCACUACAUCGAGGAAACCAGGCAAGCCAGCAUUAUUGGUCUGAUGAGAAGCGGCAAGUUUCUGGCGGAGGAAUCACCGACGAAGUUGUUGGAAAUUCAUCAUCUAGAAACUUUGGAAGAAGUUUUCUUGAAGUUAAGCAAACGACAGAACAUGGGAUUGCGAAGAAGAAGCAGCAUUUUGAGCAGUGUAACGGGCGUACCGCCAGAAGACGACGUAGAUGAGAUGAGCGGCGAAUUUGGCGACAACGUCAGUAUUUCUAGUCGGAGAAGAAGCAUAGCUAUUACGAGUGACAAUAUUCCAGAGUUGCCGCCGGAAGAAGAAGGUACUUCUAAAUUGUCCAUGAUCAAUUCGAAACACAUGCAGGCUCUCAUCUGGAAAAACUCUUUGUGGAUGUGGCGAAAUGUCGGAAUGAUGCUGUUUAUCAUUGGGUUGCCGGUCGCUCAAAUAAUUAUAUUCUGCAUUUCGAUCGGUAAGGAUCCCGUUGGUUUAAAGUUGGCCAUUGUCAAUCACGAGCUUAAUAACAGCAUGCAACCGUGCGUUCCCCCAACGGGUUGCGAUUGGACGCAAUUGAGUUGUCGAUAUCUUCAGCAUCUGCAGAAGAAAAAGGUGAAGUUUUUACCGCACGACGAUGAGAACGAGGCCAGAAACGCUGUGGAAAAGGGCUGGGCGUGGGGCGCAAUAACGUUUCCCGCGAAUUACUCCGCCGCCCUCAUGGCGAGAAUAGAAGACGGCAGGUUGACCGAGGACUGGGACAUCGAAUUCUCGGAGAUGAAAAUUGUUAUGGACAUGUCCAAUCAGCAGAUUGGACAAUUGCUGCAAAGAGACAUGAUUUAUUCGUUCCAAGACUUCGCCAGAGAGCUCAGUGUGGCUUGCAACUACAGCUCAAAAUUGACAGACAUUCCUGUGAACUUCAAAACUCCAAUCUACGGACCUCAGGAGCCUAAUUUCACGGACUUCGCAGCUCCCGGAAUAAUCUUAACAAUUCUCUUCUUUCUUUCGGUCGCGUUAACGUCAGGAGCAAUGUUGAUGGAGAGAAACGAGGGUUUGCUGGAAAGAAGCCUCGUGUCAGGUCUCAGUAGCACGGAAAUUCUCUUUUCUCAAACGAUAACGCAGUUCACGGUGAUGUUUGGGCAGUCCGUGAUGGUCCUCAUUGUUUGCUUCGCGAUUUUCAAAGUUACCUGCGAGGGUAACAUAGGUUGGAUCACAAUCUUGACUAUUCUCACGGGUUUCAGUGGCAUGUGCUUUGGUUUUGUCAUCGCCUGUUUCUGUGACACCGAAAGAAGUGCCACGUACGUGGCGAUGGGCUCCUUCAUCCCGUUUGUGAUGCUGUGCGGCAUCAUUUGGCCUUUGGAAGGCAUGCAUCCCGUGUUGAGACACAUAAGUAGCAUAUUACCACUGACAAAGAGCACGGAAUCAAUGAGGGCGAUGCUGGCCAGAGGUUGGCUAAUAUCGGAACCUACGGUUUAUUACGGAUUUAUUUCCACUUUCAUCUGGAUCUGCAUUUUCAUGACCCUGUCGUUAUUGCUGCUCAAGUUCAAGAAGGGUUAAUUUAGAAAAAAAAUUGUAAGAUAAAAGUUGAAUAAAAAAAAAAAAAAAAAAAAAU